UUGAUUAGCAUAUUAUUCGAUUUUAAGCCGCGGUGUGCACAACCGGAUUUCGUUUCAUUUACUCGUGUUUAUAUAAUUAUUAAUUAUCAUUUAAUUAGUGUAUUAUUUCCGGUUAGCUAUGAAGCUCAUAACGUAAAUAUGGCUCAAGAUACUUCGAGUGCAAGUUCGAUAUUUGUUUUAAGAGCGAGACAGGCCCUUAUAGCCUUAGGUCCGAUCCUAAUCACCAUCAGCUUGGGCCUAGCAGAAGGCUAUUCGGCAAUACUACUGCCCCAAUUAGAAAAUGAUCCUGCCUGGAAUGUUGACACCAAUAUGGCUUCUUGGAUAGCGUCCAUUGCUACCCUACCGAUGUCAAUAGGGUGCGUGCUAGGUGGUUGGCUAAUGGAAACCAUCGGCAGAAAAUUAUUACAUUUAGCAACUUGCUUGCCCAAUAUUAUCGGAUGGUUGUUGAUCGCCUUCUGUGAGAACAACAUGGAAUUGUUGCUCUUAGGAAGGUUUAUUACUGGGAUGUGCGUGGGCGUUUUAAGUCCAGUUCUAAUAAUUUACGUGGCGGAAACCUCUGAUCCAGUUUUUCGUGGUUUUUUACUACCGAGUGUGUCCUUAGCGUUAAAUUUUGGAAUCGCCAUAUCCCAUAUCAUGGGGACCUAUUUGGAUUGGGACAUGGUCGCUUGGCUCGCCUGUUUUUAUCCUACCGGAUGUUUUCUCAUUAUGGUUUUCAUGCCUGAGAGUCCCACUUACCUCAUUAAGAAGGGGCGAGUUGAGAAAGCCCAGGAAGAAUUCUUUUGGUUCCGAGGAGAUACACUAAACUCCCGACAAGAGCUCGAUACUAUCAUCAAUAAUCAGCAACAGCAACUAACUCUAACAAUAAAAGAGCAACUGAAGAUCGUGUUUGAACCAGAAUUCUACAAACCCCUUCUGAUUUUGUUGAUCUUCUUUAGUACGAUGCAAUGGGCGGGCAAUAAUCCCGUGGCUUUCUACACCAUCAACAUCCUUCAAGAAGUCUUGAAAGGCUCAAUAGUGGACGCCUACACCUCCAUGCUCAUCAUGGACGGAGUAAGAAUCUGUGCCUCCAUCCUAGGCUGUUUUGGACAGCGGUUUCUCAAAAGAAGGCUCCUGAUGGUGCUCAGCUGCUUGGGAACCAUUAUAUCCUUAAUUAUCCUCAGCAUAUAUCUGUAUGCCAUAGACCAUUACAAUUUUAAGCAAGAUCUAUCGCUGAUACCAGUGAUAUCACUGGUGAGUUACGUACUGUUCAUCAAUGUCGGUCUCUUGCCGCUUCCUUACUCUAUGAGCGGUGAACUAUUCGGACAACGGUGCAGAGGACUGGGGAGCGGAAUCGUCACUUUAUUUAACAUGAUCUUGAUGUUCGUGGUGGUGAAAAUCACCCCCUGGAUGUUUGAUACUUGGAAGAGUUACGGCACUUUUGCACUAUUCGCCAUCAGUUGUUUGGUGGGCAUGACCGUGCUGGUAGUGGUCUUACCGGAGACCAAGGACAAGCCUUUACAUGUGAUCGAAGAGGAUUUUAGGCGGAAAAAAGUUACUGUACCACCUCGAAUUUAAUAUAUCUGUCUGUGAUGGUU